GUCGCGUCCAUGUCCUCCGCCUGCCUCCGUCCCCUCCUCUACUCCCUCCUUCGCUCCAUCCCCAAACCCCCCGCCCUCCCUCCCAACUUCUGCACCGCCGUCUUCCCAGACUCCGAUCUCCCAAUCCCCACUUCCCCUCCGACCCAAGAAUCCGUCCUAUAUGUUCUCAAGAUGUUCGUCAAAAGUCCUCCAAAGGCUCUGGCCUUCUUCAACUGCAUCACCUCCCAGUGUGGCUUCAAGCCUGCCCACCCCGCCUACAAUCUCAUGCUCCAAAUCCUCGGCCACAAGGACUCCAUGAAGGAUUUCUGGGCCUUCCUCAAGUCCAUGGACGAUGCCGGCCACACCAUCGACCGCCCCACCUACGUCACCCUCCUCGCCAACUUCAAGAAGCACAAGAUGGCCGCCGAGUCCUCCGCCUUGACCCAAUUCUACUCCCGAACCAUGGCGAAGGCCGCCUCCAAUUCCGCCAUCGAUUCCGCCGCCAAAAUCAUUCUGGGCUCGGAGGAAUGGAGCGAGGCGGCCGAGAAGAAAUUGCAGGACCUCAAUUUAUCGUUGUCGGAGAUCGUGGUCGCGAAGGUCCUUCGAGAAAUGCGACAUUGCCCUUCAAAGGCACGGGCUUUCUUCCGGUGGGCGGCACAGAGGCCCGGGUAUAAGCACGGGUCGGUGGCGUACAAUGCUAUGGCUCGGAUUCUUGGAAGGGAGGAUUCCAUUGGAGAAUUCUGGAGCUUGGUUCGGGAGAUGAAGGGUGAGGGGCAUGACAUGGAUGUAGACACGUAUGUAAAGCUUUCGAGGCGUUUCCAGAAGACUGAGAUGAUGAGGGAAGUAGUGGGGCUCUAUGAGCUCAUGAUGGAUGGCCCCUACAAGCCGGCAAUUCAGGACUGCGGCAUGCUUCAGCGGAUUGCUUGGAGUGGAAUGCCGGACCUCGAGUUAGUUUUUAGAGUUGUGAGGAAGUAUGAGGCUGCUGGGUAUUCACUGUCGAAGGUGGUCUAUGAUGGGAUUCAUAGGUCACUGACCAGCAUUGGGAGGUUCGAUGAAGCCGAGGAGAUCUUGAACAGGAUGAAGCUUGCAGGUUAUGAACCGGAUAACAUCACUUAUAGCCAGUUGGUCUAUGGACUUUGUGAGGCUAAGAGAUUGAAUGAGGCUUGCAAGGUUUUGGACAACAUGGAAGCCAGUGGGUGUGUUCCUGACCUUAAGACUUGGACGGCUUUGAUUCAAGGGCAUUGUUUGGCUGGUGAGGUGGAUAAGGCCUUAGAGUUAUUGACAAAGAUGAUUGAAAGAAAUUAUGAAGCAGAUGCUGAUGUUGUGGAUGUCUUGGUGAAAGGUUUGUGUAGUGAGAGAAGGGUGGACGGUGCCUACACUUUAGUUUUUGAAAUGGUGGAGAACAGCCAUACAAGGCCAUGGCAAGCUACCUUUAAGUAUUUGAUCCAAGAACUACUGAGUGUAAGAAUGCUUGAAGAGGCAUUGAAGCUUCUCAAUGCAAUGAAGAAGCAUAGAUUUCCUCCUUUUGCAGACCCUUUUCCUCCCUAUAUAGCCAAGUAUGGGACAAUUGAGGAUGCUAGGGAUUUUCUGAAAGCACUGACAGUGAACAACUACCCUUCAUCUACGACCUAUUUACACAUCUUCAAGUCCUUCUUCCAGGAAGGCAGGUAUUCUGAGGCUCAAGAUUUACUUUUUAAAUGCCCUCGCCAUAUCCGUGAGCAUGGUGAUAUCUCUAAGCUCUUUAAUUCUAUUAAAUCUGGGAAUGCUGCUUGAGUUUACUUGUCCAACAACACAUGAAACCUUGUGCAAUGCCAAUUUUUGGCCUUGAUGGCUUCUCAUUGUCAUGCACAAUGAUAUGAUCAGACUAAUGUUGUAAAUAGUGGAUGAGUUCGUAGCUGUUUAAUA